AUGUCACAUCUCUCCGCGCUUGCCGCACGACGCCACCGUAGCCGAGGCCGGACGUCGCUUAUCCUCGCUGGCGACGCGUUGUGCGAUCCUGUGCGAGGGAGCGCGACGUCGCCACGGUCGCAACACUGGACAGCCAACACCGACGGCACGAACCUCGAGAUUGCCGCGACAGCUGCUGUCGGUACCAUCUCAGCCGCGCCGGCGAAUAGUAUUUCCAGCGAUGUAGGGCCGUCCAGCGACAUCGUAGGGCUCGAUCGUGCGGCUGAGCGCGCCGGGUUGCUUUCUUGGAAAGAACGAUUGAGACAGAGGCAGCUUGAAGCGAGUCAGAGCCGUCGCGAAUCACUUCAGGGACCCGCGCUGGAGGCGCGCCUGCGCCUGGACCAGCGCCUACGCGCAGCAGGGCUCCGCCGUCCGCCCACGCUAGAGGAGCCUCCGCGGCUCCCCCCGCGGUCAACUUCCGCAGCUUUCUCUCGUCCAAUAACACCCGGCCGCGUGGCAGAAGGGUCAACGAUGACUGCUGCAGUAUUGACUCCCAGCAGCGUCGUCCAAUCAGCUGCCUUGCUGGCGGCUGACAGGGUGUUUACAAACGAUCACACUGCUCGAGGGAGGGCGUUUCCGGCUGGUGAUGCUGUUGACAAUGCGUGUGAUGGCAUACGACGUUUGGCUCUUUCUGAUUCUGGCAAAUUUGAUUCGCACAAGGGGAAAGGGAAGGCUGUUUUUUCCAGUUGCACUGCUGGCGAUGCAGGAAGCGAUACUGAGGGAGAUGAGGAUGAGUUUAUGGGUAUCACGGAUGGACAGGAGUGCACUGUGUGUUUGGAAAGCAUGGGGAAAGGAGCUCGUCUGAUGUGGUUACCAUGUGCACAUGGUUUCCACCAUGAUUGCAUUAUGCCGUGGAUUAUGGGAGGGCAUUCAAGCUGUCCCUGCUGCCGCCACCCUUUAUACUUACAAGGCGUUUCAGCUUACUUUCAGCCUUGCCUGACGUCCAAAGAUGGCGUCUCAGCUCUGCUGCGCGCCUGCCGCCAGCGGCGCGCUUUCCGCCUGCAUCAAUUGCGCCGGCCGGCGCACACCGCCUCCUCUGCUGCCAUUUUACCUGAGUGCAACGCGGGAAAGAAGCAGAGGCAGAACCAGAGGAAGAGGGUGUUGGGGGUACGAGCAGCCGUCGCACAACAGCAGCCAGAGGCACCGAUCGUUAAAGAGGAGAAGGACGUGCGCACGGUGCGGCUGACGGACGACACGUUCACGCUGCGCGGGCGGUGCUACGAGCGGUUCAAGUUCGAGGUGGAGUACGGGCUGCGCGCCGGCACCACCGAGAACAGCUACGUCAUCGAGGGGCCUCUGGGCGCCGCGCUCAUCGACGUGCCCGACAGGGCCUUCGCGCGCGCCUUCGUGGACGCGUUUGUUCGGGAAGCAAAAGAUGCGGAGCACCUGGCGUAUCUGAUUAUUGGACAUCUGAGUCCCAAGCGCGUGGACAGUGUGAUUCAGCUAGCCAAGACGCACCCAGCAGGCGAGCCGCCCAUCAAGGUGUUCCUGUCGAACCCGGCGCACCAGACUCUCACCUCGUUGGUGCCGGCAGACAUUCUUGAGGCAACGUUUGACCUGCAGAUCGUGCGUGCGGGGGACACGCUGGACCUGGGCGACGGGCACAAGCUGCAGUUCAUCCUCACGCCCACGCCCCGCUGGCCCGACGGGCUCUCCACCUACGACCCCAAGACGCAGCUGCUCUUCACCAACAAGCUCUUCAGCGCGCAUGUGUGCAAGGGGGAGGACUUUGACGUGGGAGGCAUAGAGGUGUACGACAUGCACUGGCGCUACUUCUAUGACUGCAUGCUCGCCCCCGUCGCCAAGCAGGUGGAUGCAGCCCUGAAGAAGCUUCCAGUGGUGGCCCAGUUCGCGCCUCCCUGCUACGCGGGCAAGACAGGCCUGGACGUCGUCAAGGCGGACGUGGGGUUCAUCUUCUCGCGCCUCCUCUCAGCCCUCAACCUCGACAUCAACACAGCAGCCAACCUGCGUCUGAAAGUGGGCAGCAAUAAGAAGGGCGCCGUGCCGGGAGUGGGAGGGGAGCCGCUGGUGACAGCAGCCAUCUGCCCCCUGCACGGACCGAUUAUUCGCAACAGCGUCACUGAGCUCGUGCGCGAGUACAAAAUUUGGACGGACGAGAAGAUCAAGCAGGCGGAGGAGGCCACAGUGGCCGUGUUCUAUGCAUCAGCCUAUGGCAACACCUCCGCACUCGCACAAGCCAUCAGCCGUGGGUUGCUGCGAGCAGGGGUGGGAGUGGAGACAAUCAACUGUGAGAUGGCUUCAGUAGCCGAGCUCAAGUCCGCCAUCCAGCGCUGCUGCGGCUUCGUGUGUGGCAGCCCCACGCUGGGCGGCCACAUGCCCACGCCCAUGAAGGAGGCGCUGGGCGUCAUUCUCAACGAGCCCGCCGCCAAGGGCAAGCCCACGGGCGUGUUUGGGUCGUUUGGGUGGAGCGGGGAGGCUGUUGAUGAGAUGGAGCAGCUGCUCAAAGAUGGAGGGUUUUCCUUUGGAUUCCCUCCCAUCCGCUGCAAGUUCAAGCCAACGGAGGCCAUGCUGCAGAUCUGUGAAGAGAGUGGCCGCGACCUCGCCAGGGAGAUCCGCAAGGGCAAGGCCAAGCACCGCAGCACAUCAGCCAAGUCAGCUGUGGUGUCUGGGUCAGGAGUGGAGCAGGCGGUGGGGCGGGUGGUGGGGUCGCUGUGUGUGGUAUCAGCCAUCAGUGGGGACGGUGACGCUCAGAGUGCCAUGCUCGCCUCGUGGGUCUCCCAAGCCUCUUUCAACCCUCCUGGCCUCACCGUUGCUGUGGCCAAGGAGAGGGCGCUGGAGUCGCUGGUGCUGGUGGGAGGCAAGUUUGCCUUGAGCGUGCUUGGGGAGAAGAACGUUGGCGCAGUUUCCAAGCAGCUUCUCAAGCCGUUCCAGCCCGGCGAGCCCAGGUUCGGCGAUCUCCCGACCAAGCAGGCCAGCAACGGCGCCACCAUCCUGGCAGACGCGAUCUCCUACAUGGAGUGCACGGUGCAAACGCGCAUGGAGACGGGCGACCACUGGGUCGUCUACGCCACCGUUGAUUCUGGAGACGUCAUGGACGAAAAAAACCCUCACAGCACUGCACCACCGCAAGACCGGCAGCCGCUACUGAGAAGAAAAUCUGCUUACUCUGGCCCGCGGACGGAUACGAAUGCGGGCGCUAUAGCCGGCAGCGACGGCGGCGGCGGUGGCGGCGGCGCAGCGGCCUCUGCUCCCGGAGGGGGUGCGACAACUGUCGGCGGCGCGGGGUCGGCAUCGGGCUUCUCCCCGCCGUCGGCGGCGCCCAGCAUGGCUCUCGCCCCAGGCGGCGGCGGAGGCGGCGGCGGUGCGGGAAGAAGAGCAGCAGGCAUAGCCAGCCCUCCCCGUCGUGGCUUUCAGGCCCAUCCUCCCGCUCACAGACCCGCAACCCACGGCGCAACAGGCGCUACAGCAGCAGGGGGAGCAUCCGGCGGGGGAAGAGGAGGAGGGGGAGCAGCAGGGGCAGGGUCCGCGCGCGGGCAUUCCUCCCGGGAGGCAUCCGAAGAGCCCCGAUCCGACGGCGAGGGCGCGCGGUCUGAGGGAGAGUGUGAGUUAGUGGCGUCCUUAGAACACCUAACGGACCCCGAGGAGAUUAAGAGGGUGAAGCGCAUGCUGUCGAACCGCGAGUCGGCGCGGCGGUCGCGGCGGCGCAAGCAGGCGCACGUGAGCGACCUGGAGGGGCACGUGCAGCAGCUUCAGGCGGAAAACGCGAGUCUUGCGAGCCGGCUGGGGGAGAUUGGGCGGAAAUACAACGAGGCGGCUGUAGACAACCGCGUGCUCAAAUCCGACGUGGAAGCACUGCGCGCCAAGGUGAAGAUGGCAGAGGAGAUGGUGGGACGUGUCGCCCACAUGGCACAGUACAUGUACCACCAGCCAAUGGCGUUCCGCCACGACGCAGCUUCCGCCGCUGCUGCCGCCGCCGCUGCUGCUGCUGCCAUGCCAUACCCCUCACCCAUCGAUCUUCCUUACUAUCCCCGCCCCCACCGCGCAGCCCAAGGCUCCAUACCCCCACCCGCUCCUUACCCGCUCCCUCCCCACGCCGCCGCCCACGCCGCCCAGGCUUCUCAUGCCGCCCAUGCCGCCCAGGCAGCUCAGGCCUCUCAUGCCUCUCACGCCGCCCAUGCUGCUUCUCUCUCCCUCGACCCGCACCAAGCCAAUGGGGCCCCGCCGUCUGCCAUGCACCCGAACCUCCUGCCGGGCCUGGGGUUACCGCCAGGCAUGGACCCGAACGUGUAUGGUAUGAUGCAGGCAGGUAUGGUACCGGCAGGUAUGGUGGGGUCCAUGCCUGGUGCCGUACCUGGAGGGGAUGGCUCGGGAGGAAUGGGAGCACCUGAGCCGACUGGAAGCGCGGGCGGAAAGAUAGAGCGAUUGGGCAGCCUGCAGCGGGUUUCGAGCCUGGAGCAUCUGCAGAAGCGGAUGAGAGGGGACGGAGCAGCUGACGUGUCAGCUGCCACGUCAGCAGCGGGAGGGGCGGCGGGGGUAGGGGGAACGGUGUCUGGAGCGCCAGCAACAAUGCCGGGGCAUGAGGCUGCGGCGGCAGCGGCGGCGGCUGCAGCGGCGGCAGGGAUGUGGGUGCUGGGGUGGCAUGGUUCUGCUGCUGGUGCAGGGGAUGGGGCCGCAGUGGCUCGUGAGAAAGUGCUGAGUAGUAUUCGUUGCUCUCGCGUGCUCGCCGAGAUGGCAGCCAUUGCUAAUCCCACCCGCGUAGCCGUUGCUGGGUCGGUUGCAGCCCAGACGAAGCAGAACGGAGCAGUCUCUAGCGUUGCUAUCCCAAAGAAGAGCCCGUUUCUUGGAAACCGCGUCUCUGUUUCUUCCGUUUCGGCUGGAGCAUCCAAUGUUCGAAAGACCCUCAAAGUGACUGCUACUGUCGCUGACGGGAUUACCGCUGCUGAAACAGCGUCUGUUACCAUUGAGAUUGACAACUCCGAGCCUCAAUGGACCAUUGUCAAACUGUCUGCUCUGAACCAGCCCGGUCUGUUGAAUCGCGUCACCUCAGUUUUCAGGGAUUUAAACGUCCAGGUGGUGAGGGCUCUGGUGGGUACUGCUGAUGAUGCGGUUCUGGAUACCUUUUACGUCCAGAACGCUGCUGGCAACAAGAUUGAAGAUCCGGCUGAACUCGAUGUUUUGAAGAAGGCUCUCGAGGUUCUGGCCGUCCCCGUGGCGUCUCCUCCAGCCGUGCGUCCCUCCGCGGUGCAGGUUGAGAGCCCCGUAGUGGACCUCCGGAAGCGGCUCAAGGAUGUGUAUCUGAGCAACGACGUGCUUUCCAUUCAAGAGAGCAUCGUGAACCAUGUCGAAUACACUCUCGCUCGUGAUCGCCACCAUUUCGACUCGUAUGAGUGCUAUCAAGCGGUGGCUCACAGCGUGAGGGAUCGCCUGAUCGAGAGCUGGAAUGACACCAACGAGCACUUCCGUGCCGCUGACCCCAAGCGUGUCUACUACCUCUCCAUGGAGUUCCUCAUGGGCCGGUCGCUGCUUAACAGCCUCUACAAUCUCAACCUGCAUGAUGUUUACGCCCAGGCUCUCUCACAGCUUGGGUACAAGCUGGAAGAUAUUGUGGAGCAGGAGCGUGAUGCUGCACUCGGCAAUGGUGGUCUUGGAAGGCUCGCAGCCUGCUUUCUUGACAGUAUCGCCACCCUCGACCUUCCCGGAUGGGGGUACGGCAUUCGCUACCAGUACGGCAUGUUCCGUCAGACCCUUGAGAAUGGGUUCCAGCACGAGCAGCCCGACUACUGGCUCACCUUCGGCAAUCCUUGGGAGAUUGAACGGACUAACAUUUCGUACACUGUGAAGUUCUACGGCCACGUGGAGCAGUACACGGACAGCAGGGGCUACCAGCGCUUCAACUGGGUUCCCGGCGAGCAGGUCCAAGCUGUGGCGUACGACAAUCCAGUGCCCGGCUAUGGCACCAACAACACCAUCAACCUGCGCCUGUGGGCCGGCAAGCCGUCCACGGAGUUCGAUCUGCAGUCCUUCAACACUGGCGAUUACGUCGCUGCCAUUCUCUCCAAGCAGCGCGCGGAGACGAUCAGCAGCGUGCUGUACCCCGACGACCGCAAGCCGCAGGGCAAGGAGCUGCGGCUGAAGCAGCAGUUCUUCAUGGUGUCCGCUUCGCUGCAGGACAUCAUCCGCCGCUUCAAGAGGACCGAAACUGACUUCACUAAGCUCCCCGAGAAGGCGGCGAUGCAGCUGAACGACACGCAUCCGACCAUCAGCGUGGCGGAGCUGAUGCGGCUGCUGAUGGACGAGGAGGGGCUGGGGUGGACGCUGUCGUGGCAGAUCACGCAGAAGGUGUUCGCCUUCACCAACCACACCGUGCUGCCCGAAGCCCUCGAGAAGUGGCCCGUCAGCCUCAUGGAGAGCCUGCUGCCGCGCCAUAUGCAGAUUAUCUACCAGAUCAACUUCGAGUUCAUGCAGCUGGUGAAGUCGCGCUUUGGCGACGACUUCUCGCGCUCCUCGCGCAUGUCCAUCAUCGAGGAGGGCGAAGUCAAGAACGUGCGCAUGGCGAAUUUGGCAAUCGUGGCGUCACAGUGUGUCAACGGCGUGGCUGCCAUUCACUCGGAGCUCAUCAAGCAAACCAUUUUCAAGGAAUUCUAUGAGCUGUGGCCCCACAAGUUCCAGAACAAGACAAAUGGAGUCACCCAGCGGCGCUGGCUGGCAUUCUGCAACCCGGGGCUGCGCGCGCUGGCGGACGAGGUGGUGGGGUCGGACGACUGGGUGUCGGACCUCGAGAAGAUCAAGGCGCUCAGGGGCAGGGCGGACGACUCCGCCUUUCAGAAGCGCUGGAGAGAGGUGAAGCAGCAGAAUAAGCAGAAGCUCGCUGACGUCAUUCUCAAGCUCACUGGUGUCAAGGUGAGCACGGAGGCGCUGUUUGACAUUCAAGUGAAGCGCAUUCACGAGUACAAGAGGCAGCUGCUCAACGUGCUCUCUGUCAUCCACCGCUACGAGGAGAUCAAGCGCAUGUCUCCGGAGGACAAGUGCCGGGUGGUGCCACGGGUGGUGCUGCUGGGCGGCAAGGCAGCGCCAGGGUAUGAGAUGGCGAAGCGCAUCAUCAAGCUCAUCAGCGCCGUAGGGGAGAAGAUCAACAACGACCCCGCUGUGGGCGACCUGCUCAAGCUCGUCUUCCUGCCCGACUACAACGUCUCCCUUGCUGAGAUCAUCAUCCCCGCCAGCGAUCUUUCGCAGCACAUCAGCACGGCGGGCACGGAGGCGAGUGGCACGUCCAACAUGAAGUUCGCCAUGAACGGGGGGCUCAUCAUCGGCACCAUGGAUGGCGCCAAUGUGGAGAUUGCAGAGGAGAUUGGCGAGGAGAACAUGUUCAUCUUCGGUGUGCGAGAGCACGAGGUUGCUCGCCUGCGUCGCGAGCGGCCAGGCUACAACCCAGACGGCCGCUUCACCAACGCUGUCAACAUGAUCCGCAAUGGCCAGUUUGGGUGGGUGGACUACUUCGCCCCGCUCGUGCAGUCGCUGGACGGCUCCAUGGGGGGUGACUUCUACCUGCUCGCCAACGACUUCCCCUCCUACCUCCAGGCCCAGGCUAAGGUGGAUGAGACAUGGAGGAACAAGGCCCAGUGGGAGAAGAUGAGCAUUUUGAGCACAGCAGGCAUGAGCAAGUUCAGCAGUGAUCGCACGAUUGCAGAGUAUGCCAAGGACAUUUGGCACGUGCAGGCCUGCAAGCUUGAUGUUGAGGCUGCAGCUGCUGCUAAGGAAGCCAAGAACAAGAACGCCAACUGA